UUUAGUGAGGGUGAGAUCAAUGGAGUCAAAAAGAUUCUUAUCAACGUCUCUCUUCCUCUCCAUCAACCUUAUGUUUUUUGCCCUAGUAAGUGGGUGCAAUACUUGUGUUCAACCCAAGCCAAACCCUAAACCAAACCCAUCUCCUGCAAAGGGAAGUUGCCCUAGAGAUGCCCUCAAACUGGGUGUUUGUGCCAAGUUGCUGAGUGGGUCAGUAGGUACGGUGGUUGGGAACCCACCGGAUACCCCUUGCUGCUCGGUACUGGAGGGACUACUUGACCUGGAAGCUGCAGUGUGCCUUUGCACAGCCAUUAAAGCAAACAUCCUUGGCAUUAACAUUGACAUUCCUAUUUCCUUGAGCUUGCUUAUUAACACCUGUGGCAAGAAGCUUCCUUCUGACUUCCUUUGUGCCUAAACCUUUUUAUACAUUAUAUGUUUAUCAUCUAUGUCUGUAUUGAUAUUGCUGCAAAUGUUGUCUGUUAAUUUCUCAUUAUUAAUGUAACCUCUCUUUCUUCCUUUUA